GCCUUGGCGAAAACCAAAAAUGGGGUACUCUAAAUUCUGGCUCUCUCUGCUCGUGAUUUGCGCUCUCCUGGCCACCGCUGCCUCCACAUUCGAUAUCGGCGGCGAGGCCUUCCUCCCAGCGAGGUCGGAGUGCCGCGGGACGAUCGCCGAGUGCAUGAUGAUGGGCAAAAACGCUGUAUUGGAUUUCGACGACGGGGAGUUCGCGAUGGACUCAGAGAGUAACCGGCGGAUUCUGGCGGCGAGUAAGUACAUAGGCUACGGUGCUCUGCUGAAGAACAGCGUGCCGUGUUCCCAACGCGGAGCGUCGUACUACAACUGCAAACCUGGCGCACAAGCCAAUCCCUACACCCGUGGUUGUAGUAAGAUCACUCGGUGCCGGAGUUAGUUUCUUUCUUCUCAAUUGUGUCAGAUUUCCAAUGUAAUAAAAUAAAGAAAAUAUAAUUUGUUGUUCUAA